UCUCAGCCAUUCUUUCAGUCCUUCACCGUCGCUCUCUCCAUGUCGAUCGUAGAGAUCAGGGUAGAACUACCUACAUACUCCCGCACUUUCCAUGUUCACGUUUUGUCUUCUUGUACCGUGCUUGAUGUGAAGCACGCUAUCUUCUCUACCUGCCCAGGGGCUCCUCGUGUGGAUGGUCAGCGGUUGCUCUGUCGAGGGAGGCUUCUGGCAGACCACGAACGCGUCGAGGAUAUUUGGAAGAACCCAAAUGAUAUUCCUGUCGUUCUGCUCGCCGUGGGUCCCACGUCAUGGACCACCAGUCCCACCGAACCGUCUUCUAUACCGCAGAAUUCUCCUGCUCCCUCUACUAGGCCUACUCUGCCGGGGCCUUCUCCCCUGCAAUUCACGCGGAGAGCACAGAGCACUCCAUCGCGACCAUCUUGGGUCACUGUACUUCAAAGUUCAUCUCGCUAUGGUCAACCACCGAUGAUGCCCACAUCUACCCCGUUACCCUAUAUCUCGAUGAAACACCAGAAUGCCCUCUCAGCACUUACCACAGGCCACAUCUCCGCAUCGGUGACCGCUGACUAUCUCGAGUUCCUCAAGCAACAGGCCAAGGUCAUACUCGCCCAGCACGGCUAUUCGUGGCCUGCAAUAUUCGAUGAAUUGUGGCCCCCGCACCGUGAGAGUGAUAAGGGCGUCACUUAUCAACGAACUCGAAUAGAUGGGCAGGAUUAUCUACAACUUGUCGAUGAUUCGGCUACCCCGACUCCACUUCAAGUGCACGCGCUCAAUGUGCUAUCCCAUACCUUUCCGUUACUCUCGAUUCCGUUCAACAUUGUGCCCCCGCAUUCGAUUUCCCCACCAUCACAAUCCUUCCAAAUGCCGCCUGGCAUUCUCAACGCUCAUCUCCAGCAACUCGGUCUUCCGCAAUUACACGUCCAGCCAGAGCAUGCUGCGAUGCCCGAGAUUCGUAUGGUGCCCGAGAUUCGUAUCAUCCCCCUGCGAGCGCUCCUCACACCGAUGCUUGCCUUAGCAUUCCGACUAUCCUUCCUCAUGCUCUUCUUCUCACCGUUCCAGAACCCAGUCAUCAGCAUCCUCCUCGGGCUGUAUCUCAUUCUCGAUGCCGCUUUGACAAUCUAUAAUGUCAUUUUGAGGGAUCCGGAGGAGAACGAGGGGCGUGAUCGCGCAGCACGGGAUGGUGCGAACGCUGAUGGGGCGGGUGGGGCAGCAGGCUUCGGUAAUGGAGACAGACAGGUGGCUCAGCAGGAUAGGCUGAGAAGAGGUGGUGCUGGAAGGGCAGGCACGAGAGACUCUCCGUUCCAUUGGUUACGGGAACAGUCGGAUCCCAUCGUUGACUAUCUCGCAAAGAUCAAUCUGCGGAGCGAGGCGGCAGCAUUAGAUUCGAGGGGAACUCCAGCGACGAAGCCAACGAUAGGGCACCGAGUAAGGUCUUUCUUCGUGCUGAUGGCGUUGACUUUGUACCCGGAGAUAUGGAAUCGGCGGAGGACUGCACUGAGGCAGCGAGAGGGGCGGAUUAAGACUGAGGCAAAUGCACGAGUGGCCCCACCGGCGUCUUCGCCUCAGAGCGAAGGUGGUGAAGGCGGCGAGGAAGAUGUGCGGGCAGCGGCCAGAGAGAGGGCGAGGGUGGAGAUAGUUGCUGCACACGACAGGCGUCCUGGGUGGGUGAAAGAGUACGUUGAGCGGGUCGUCGAGGGUGAUUGGGUGGACGAAUGAACUCGUUUGCUUAGUGUUCUUGCUUUCGUGAAAGGGUCGGAGUGUAGUAAUUAUUGUUUCAUUCGGUGUAUGUAUCAUUGCCCUUACCGCUUCGGAGUUCCAUUGGACGGUCCAUUU